GUGAUACCUUGCUCUCAAAUCUCCGUUACAGACCUUGUUGCGCAUUGACCAGAUACUUUCUUCUAAACCUUCCAAUAUGGAAGAACUUCGCUCAUCACGCUUUCGAGCGAUUAUAUUCAUCUCGCUGAUCACUUCGUACCAGGCUCUCCACUCUCUGGCGGCUCCCUUCCCACCAGACGACCCGCAACUCGUCCGCGACGCCGUUCAUCUCAUCACAGUCACUACCGGCACAUGCUCAGAAGAAAGCACAUCGUCCACGCCUGCCCAAGCAUCAGAUAUAGCAGGACUACUUUCGAAACCAGUUCAAGGCAUCGUUUACGAGAUACAGGACGGCCAAAUUCAGGUAUCAGGACCAGGCCAUGCUGAACCAUCUCUCCAUCCAAGCACGACAACAGACGUCACAACAGACCCGACAACAGACCUGACAACAAGCCCGACGACAGAUCCAACAACAGACCCAACGACAGACCCAACUACCACUGCAACAUGUUCUAGCAGCUCAAGUAUUGCUGCUCGUGACGCCACCAUGACUGCUCCCUCUUUCUUGGGAACUCAGAUGUACGAUGUAGCAACCGACUCGUUCUCCACAAGUAUAUCAGACGCCUCUCUAACCCAACUCACGACCUCUGCGGUGCAGAGCGCUACACUCCCGGGACCCACGAGCACAUCUGGAAGUAUCGACACGACACUCCAAACUGCGCUUCAAACUUCAGCUCAGCCGUUCCCCACGUCGAUUGGGUCAAGCGACCUCUCUAUCGUGAACCCAUCAACUCUGCCCAACCCAUCGUCAACAUCGGUUCUGGAGUCCUUGUUCGUGAGCGACAUUUUUAGACCCAUUGGUACUGGUUCUCCGCUUGUUCCAGAUGCUGCUACCACUCAUCCCGUGCCUAGAACUGGCAUCCAACCACAGAGCCGGAAAUUGCAGACGAAUAAAUUCUACUCGUCUCUGUAUUUGAAUGAACAGACUUCUCCGGUCUUCACCUUCCCUUAUUCUGUCAACUGGGCAAAGGGCGGCGGCGAGCUACAAAGCUGGGGAAUGGUGGUGUCGCACACCGAACCAGGACAGUGGGCGACAUCUCCAGGCCAAGCAGGCAAAGACGCUGGACAGUGGGCUUUCUUCGGGGCACCUGUCGGUAUACAAUACCUCGUUCUGUCAGCCAGCGAGCUUGUGGAAAACCCAAACGACGGCAAAACACCGGGUCUUACUACACAGUCGCUAGAAUGGGGAUCUGUGAAGGCCAACCUGUAUCCUCCGAAUUGGAUGACUCCUGUCAUGACAGUACCACUCGUCCAGGGCUCAGCUUUCAUCACGGCUGAAUAUCACUGGGGAAAGCCGCUCAUUCAGUCCAGCGUCGGCUUCAAGAACAUCACUUUCGCUGGGGCUCUCCCAAACAACCUCACUUACAAAUAUCAGGCGUCUUUGCGGAACGGGCAUACAUGGCUCAUAUAUAUCACACCUCUGGAUGCUUCGUACGAGGUUAACAGAUUCGAUCUCGAUGGCGCUGGUAGCUCUAUCAAUGGUCCAUCCUGGUUCAAUGGCUUCAUCCAAGUUGCAAAGAUACCACAACCGGGCAGCGCAGAUCCUUUGAAGAGACGAGAUACUGUCUUUACCGAGACAGAUCCCGAGAAGAUCUAUGAUGCAUCCGCUGGCACAUACGCGAUCGGUCUAAAUAUCACUGGGUCGGUUAAUGGGCAAAGUGGCAGUUAUACUCUAUCAUGGACAAAAAAUGGCACUCUGGAUCAAGACUUGCUCAUGUUCGCCCUCCCGCAUCAUACCGCUUCUAUGAGCUACCCUGAUCAAAAUGGACUUACAAAUUUGCAACUGAGGACAACGACGAAAGGACUUGCUACUGCCGUCAAGGGCGACUCCUGGACCAUGACAGAGAAGGAAUUGCCGAUCAACAUGGGGUUUGCCCCAUGGACACCCGAUCAAGGCGAUGUGACGCAGUUCUCUGACUCUGCCCUCAAAGCAAUCCAAAGGGCAGGAGCGGACGACAUCCGUCAAGAUAUCCUCGGACAAACUAAUGUCAGCAGUGCAUACUACGACGGCAAAGCCUUGGCCAAGUUUGCUGCCACCUGCUAUACUCUCCAUGACAUCGUGGGGAACGACACGCUCGCGCUUUCGGGUCUCCAGCCCCUCAAGCAAGCCUUUGCUAAUCACAUUGACAAUCUACAGACCUGGCCUUUUGUCUAUGAUUCCAGCUGGGGCGGCGUGGUCAGCAACGCUUCCUACGUGACGGGAAACCCCCUCGAAGACUUUGGAAAUCCAUACUACAACGAUCACCACUUCCAUUACGGCUAUUUCGUCUACGCUGCAGCCGUUAUCGGGUACUUGGAUCCCGAAUGGCUCGGAAACUCCACCAACAAAGACUGGGUCAACAUGCUCGUUCGCGACUACGCCAACUCCGACCUCGACGAUCCUUAUUUCCCCUUUUCCAGAUCCUUUGACUGGUACCACGGCCAUUCCUGGGCAGCCGGCCUUUUCGACUCCGGAGACGGCAAGAACCAAGAAUCCUCCUCCGAAGACACCAUGUCCUCCUAUGCCAUCAAAAUGUGGGGCCAAGUCAUUGGCGAUGCCGCCAUGCAAGCUCGCGGCAAUCUCAUGCUCGCCGUACAGAAACGCAGUCUCGCAUCCUACUAUCUCUACACCACCGACAAUACCGUCGAACCCAGCUCCUUCAUCGGAAACAAAGCCGCGGGAAUCCUGUUCGAAAACAAAAUCGAUCAUACCACCUACUUUGGCGCGGAACCGGAGUAUAUUCAAGGUAUUCACAUGCUUCCCUUGCUACCGCUUAGUCCAUAUGUUCGCACAUCCACAUUCGUGUGUCAAGAGUGGGAUGCGUAUUUUGCGAAUAUCACGUCUGAUGGGAGCAACACGAAGAAGAUUAGCACAGUACAAGGUGGUUGGAGGGGUAUUCUCAUGGCGAAUUUUGCCAUGUGCAAUACAAGUACGGCUAGGGAGGCUUAUGCCUUUUUUUCGGGCGACGAGAUGGAUCAGAGUUUUCUGGAUGGUGGGGCUAGUUUGAGCUGGUAUCUCACUUUUGUGGCGGCAUUGGUUGAUGGGGUUAUACUUUGAUGGAGACUGAAGGGAAAGAGAAGAAAAGAGAGAGUGAGAGAAAGAAGGCGGCGGUGGCGGUAUAUUAUUUGCCUCUCAUUCUUCGGUACAUAAAUAUACCUAUAUAGUAAGUGCGACACGACUACUAACAACAACAGCGCCUGGUGGCAUAUGGCAUACAGAAUAUGACGGAACUGGAUGGAACGAAGUACAACAGGACAUGAUACCACGCUAGGAAUCGGAUACGAUAGAAAGGGCAUUCAUUGUUCAUGGCUUUCGACAACAGCGAGCAAACAAUCCAUGGUGUUGGUCGGGAAACGACAGACAUUACAAUCA